GUGUGGCUCUUCUUCCUCCGCGGCGUUGUGCCGCUGCUCGAGCGUUGGCUCGGCAAUCUGCUUGCCCGCCAGUUCGAGGGCCGCGUGUCCAAAGGCGUCGCGAAGACGAUCUCCAAGCAGCGCGUGGAAAGCCACUUCGACCUGGAGUUGCGCGCAGCGGUCAUGCACGACAUCAUCGACAUGAUGCCUGAGGGCGUCCGCGCCAACAAGGCCCGCACCAUCCUGCAGCACCUCUCCGAGGCGUGGCGCUGCUGGAAGGCCAACAUCCCCUGGAAGGUGCCCGGCCUGCCGGCGCCCAUCGAGAACAUGAUCCUGCGGUAUGUAAAGUCGAAGGCCGACUGGUGGACCAACGCAACCUACUACAACCGCGAGAGGAUCAGGCGACCUCCACCUCGUCUUCCUCCUAUUCCUAUGUGCUCCGUCUGUAAACGUCUCGCUGUCUAUCCCUCUUCUUAUUUUUCCUCUUUGUCCUCCU